CUUUUUCUGCUUCUGCAGCAAGAGACGUUUCCGACCUUCCGUGGCCCAGUCUCACCCUGCAGAGAGCAGGAGCUAAGAGGCACUUAAAACAACCCAUCGCAGCCGGGGGCUUAGUCUGGCUUUAGAAAGCCAGUUGCUGAUGGCUAGUGUAGGAUGUGACUAUGACAGAAGUAACUGAAAACAAUACGUUUUGUACAGUAGCAGCUCUGGGCAUCCAGCCAGCCAGUGACACCUGUACAAGAACUCCCCCUUACCGUACAACUUCCUCAGGGGCAAGUCCCUCCUGCGAGGAAAUGGAGGAAUCACGCCCGCUGCCUGGCUUGGUUCCACGGAUGAUGCUUCCCAGACUCCUGCUGCUGUGUCUCCAGGGCCUGCUGCUGGGCAGGUUUACCCAGGCCUGCCCGCCCCCCUGCCAGUGCUAUGACAGAACAAAGGUCUUCUGCUCUGGGGAGGAGAUCUGGGACAUCCCCGAGGGGCUGCCAGGCAAUGCCACUCAGCUCUUCUUUGUGGAGACCUCCCUCACCACUAUCUGGAGCAGGCCUUUCAGCAACCACAGCAGCCUCGCCAGGCUAGUUUUCCUUAACAACCCGAGCCUGUCCCUGGAAGCGGGUGCCUUUGGGGAGUGGUCCAGUCUCACCGAGCUCGAGGUCUCAGGCAGCAAUUUGUCAGCCCUGAGCAGCGAGGCCUUUGCCAGCCUGCUGGAGCUGCGCAAACUCUCCCUCACCUUCAGCGCCCUCCGAGCCCUGGAGCCUGGGCUCUUCAACUGCACGCCCAGCCUGGAAGUGCUUCACUUGCAAGGGAACCAGAUAGAAGCCCUGCCCCCCAAGGCCUUUUCCCCACUGAGGGAGCUGAGGGUGCUCGACCUGUCUCACAACCCCAUGGCCCAGGUGCCCGACAGGCUGUUCGACCCGCUCGCCCGGCUCCAAGUGCUGAAACUGAGCAACAUCAGCCUCGCCCGCCUCCCAUUCGGCAUCUUCCGGCCCCUGAGAAGCCUCCAAGAGCUCUCCCUGGAUAGGAACGCGCUGGUGGAUCUGCCCCUGAGAGCCUUCUCCGGGCUCACCCACCUGCAGAGGCUGCAGCUCCAGCACAACACCCUCACCAGCCUGCGCCCCUGCAUCUUCUCCUGCCUGCCGAACCUGGACUUUCUAAACCUGGAGGGCAACCGCCUCUCUGUGCUCCCCGCUGGCCUGCUCCAGGGCACGCCUAAGCUGAGCCAGCUCUUCGCCGCCUCCAACCGGCUUGAGACCAUCCCUGAGGGGAUCUUCAGCAACCUGUUCCAGGUGCAGACCAUCGUGCUCUCACACAACCGGCUCACUCACGUGCCCGCUGGGGCCUUCAGAGACCUCUCCAGCCUCACCACGCUGCAGCUGGACCACAACAACCUCACCACCCUGGCCGGGGAAACCUUUCACAACCUCACCAGCCUGGAGGUGCUGGACCUGACUGGGAACCGCCUGCAGGCGCUGCCCGAAGGGAUCUUUGACUUCAAUGACUACCUGCUCAGCGUGGCCAUGAAGGACAACCCUUGGGCGUGCGACUGUCGGCUGGCCUUUCUCGCCAGCUGGAUCCGGAAGUGGUCUGCGCCCCUGAACUCUCAGACCUUCUGCGCAAGCCCUGACCACUUAAAGGGAUGGGCGCUCCCAGCUUUACCUCAAGAGCAACUGGUGUGUCUGGCUGCUCCAGGCCAGGCAGACUCCUCCUUGUCCCCGGGAGAGGCAGAGACAGACCGGGCCCCGUGCACCUACAGUGAUCCCGAAGGCACCGUUCAGCUCACCUGUGACACAGCCACAUGCCACCGGUUAACUGUUCAUCUCCCUCCACAAGGGGCCUCUACUGGCCGGGGUCUGGCCUACGACAGCGACUGGGUCUUGAAUUCCAGCUGUGGCACAGUGAGGGUCUCGGUUGCCAUCCGUGCAGAGCCAGGAGGGACGGCAAGAGAGGAAGAGGCUGUUUCUCACAAUCCCCGUUCUGAGCCCUAGACCGGAGCUCUCCCCAGUGGGCUGGUGCCAUUAAAAGUCACAACCAGAGUGAUGGGUUGUUAUUGUUCAUGUCAUUUAUCCCCUGCUCUGUGCGUUUAUUGCCCCCGAAGUGCUGUCUGAGAGCGAGGCAUUGUUACGGGAUUACGUGCAUCCCUAUGUACUGGUUGUAGCUCAAGUUUAAUUAAAUGCUAGUCCUAGUUCAAAGUUUCCCACAGUAAAGAAAGUGCAGCUGCUCCCAGAAUGAUGCUGCAUCUCUCGUUCUGGCAGUGCAUGCCAGUGCAAAGGGGCAUCCUCGCAAUCACAAGAUAAAUACAUGCAGGGCUGCAGCUAUCCAGGGUGUCCCUCAGACAUACCAUCAGGGAAGGGCCUGAUUCUGACCUCACUUCUGCUGGUGUCAGUUGGGAGUGAAUUAUUGAAUAGCCAGGCCCAAGGCACCAGCUCCAAGAACACCAGGUUAUUUAUGGUCUAUAGCAGCCUAACCCAGCAGGGACUAAGGACAGAGCCAAGACCCCAGACUGGCUGCAUGUUCUACAAUUCGAUUUCGCCAGCUCGGUAACAGAUGUGAACACCUGAAGCAGUGUAACCGUCUUACCAGACAGUCCCCUUGGGCAUUCUAGUCUGUCGUGCCAUCCAGGCAAGACUCAGUGAUAAAUAGUCAGUUAUACCAAGGAUGACACAAUAUUCAGAUUGCUCCCAGUCCCAAAAGACCAUUCACUUACCCCAGGUCAAUUUGUAUCAGAGACCUCACACCAAAGACAGCGCUGGUAGCCAAUCCUGUAAUAAACUAACUAGGAUCAAGGAAGAAGAGAGUUAAUUACAGGUUAAAGCAACAGCUGUAUGUACACCAGUGAAUGUCAGUCUAUGGGCUUGUCUGCACUUGCUGCCCGCUGUAGCACUUAGUGAAGAUGCUGCCUACGCUGAUAGGAGAACAUCUUCCAUUGGUGUAGUUACUCCACCUCCCGAGAGGCGUUAGCCAUGUUGGCGGGAGAAGCCCUCCCAUCCAGGUAGCGCUGUCUGCACCGGGGGGAUCAUAGCAUUGCUCGGGGGGUGGAUUUUCCAUGUAGUUAAACAGACAUGAGCUGGCAGUAUAGCUAUUCAAAAGGCGACAGGGUUGUAGUAAUCUGGCAGUUCAAACCGUCUCCUAGGGCUGACCCUGGCCAAGCAGCAGGGCAUCUCUUUGCUUAUGUC